CACAAAUCUAACUGUUUCCUGUUCUCUGACACCAGAUGCAGUAAAUUGCAUUUACUCCCAGAUCCCUGAACUCCCAACCCUCUAUUCACGAACAGCAGAGCCAGUUCCUGGGCGGGACGGAGCAAGCAGAGUAGCUGCUUUGUGCACCAUGGAAAUUAAUGUGGAGAAAGACAAACAGACAGGAGAGACCAAGAUUGUCUCUGCUUCACCUUUUGGCCCAGAUGAGGCCCAUCAAAGAGGAUUCAAAGUCUAUGAUGAUGGUACCAAGGUAGUCUGUGAGGUUCACUCUGGUGGCACAGUGGUAGAAAAUGGAGUACAUAAAUUAAGCUCAAAGGACGUAGAUGAACUUAUGCAAAAAGCUGGACAAUCAAGUGUAAAAGGAGGGUAUGAAACAGUGACUGUGUCAGACAGAAAUGCGGUAGCCGAUGGAAACCUUAGCCAUAUGAAGGAGCAAAUGCUCUUCAAGGAGGCAAAGCUGGAAAUGGUACAUAAACCCACCAAAGGGCAUGCUGUGAACCCUCAGUCCCAGGACAAAACCUGCGGUGGUGAAGCCCUGGAGGCCAGUGCAGAUCAGCCAGUGACAAUGAUAUUUAUGGGCUACCAGAACAUUGAUGACGAAGAGGAGACGAAGAAAGUGCUGGGCUAUGAUGAGACCAUCAAGGCAGAGCUGGUCCUGAUCGACGAAGACGAUGAGAAGUCUUUGCGGGAGAAGACGGUGACGGAUGUCUCCACCAUGGACGGGAACGCUGCAGAGCUGGUCUCUGGCAGGCCGCUGUCGGACACGACAGAGCCCUCCUCUCCCGAGGGUAAGGAAGAGAGCCUGCCCUUGGAAGCCGCCCCAGGUACACAAAAGAAAAAGCGCUGUCAAUGCUGUAUUGUCAUGUGA